GGGGACGAAAACAGCUCCAGUUUUUGAAAUUUGAGACUAAAAACCUGGUUUUGCUGUGAUAUAAGGGAAUACCGAAAAUAACUAUGAGUUAAAAAAAAUGUAAGGAGGAGGGAGCUCAGGUUCAUGAAAGAGUAACUACAUGACGCUGAGGCACUGUCAUUGCUCCACCCCGAUGAAAAACUUUCUUCCUCAAACUCAAAAGUUUAUACUGAAAACACACAGAGGAGAUAUACGGGAGAAUUCGUAAACCGCACAGAGAUCCUUUGCUGUUGUUUUGUUUUUUAAGUUUAUAGUAUUUAAUUUUUUCUUAAGACAAAAAGGUAAAACAUUCUUCAGCUGAUAUGCUUCAAGAAACAUAAAGAAACCAAAAAGUAAACUUUUUGCCGUUUUGUUUAAACUAGUUCAUAACCAUGGGACACCUAACCUUUCGUGGAAAAACCGAACCAAAUAUAUUGCUGGUCUGUCUCGUGUGUUGUCUCUUACAGGUUUCAAUUGUACGUUCAGAAUGUAACACUGUUUGUCCAGUAAAUCCAACAAUAAGUACAACUGAAAUUAACAUCAACACUACAAAUCAGAAUAUAUUUGAAACAAAUCCUCCUGGUAAUGUGAAUCCAGGUGGCCUAAACGUUAGUGGACUGAUCCAAGGGACCACAUACAAUGUUACAUUCAGCAUCAGUUCUGAGCUGUGCUGUAAAGAGAUCACAACAAAGCCUGACAUCAUCAGCAGCCUCAGUGUCACUAGUGUCAGCACAACAUCCAUAUCUCUCAGCUGGACUAAACCACAAGGCAAUAGCACCUCGUAUAGAGUGCAGGUACAGGGGACUGGACUGGACAGAAAUCUGACAGCAAACAGCGAAUCCAUUACUGUGACUGAUCUGACAGCUGGGUCUUUGUACACCUUCAGUGUCACUGCACGGGCUGCAGAUAACUUGACAGAAGGAGACACUGUUACCAUUACCAAACAUACAAAGCCUGACAUCAUCAGCAGCCUCAGUGUCACUAGUGUCAGCACAACAUCCAUAUCUCUCAGCUGGACUAAACCACAAGGCAAUAGCACCUCCUAUAGAGUGCAGGUACAGGGGACUGGACUGGACAGAAAUCUGACAACAAACAGCGAAUCCAUUAGUGUGACUGAUCUGACAGCUGGGUCUUUGUACACCUUCAGUGUCACUGCACGGGCUGCAGAUAACUUGACAGAAGGAGGCACUGUUACCAUUAUCAAACAUACAAAGCCUGACAUCAUCAGCAGCCUCAGUGUCACUAGUGUCAGCACAACAUCCAUAUCUCUCAGCUGGACUAAACCACAAGGCAAUAGCACCUCCUAUAGAGUGCAGGUACAGGGGACUGGACUGGACAGAAAUCUGACAGCAAACAGCGAAUCCAUUACUGUGACUGAUCUGACAGCUGGGUCUUUGUACACCUUCAGUGUCACUGCACGGGCUGCAGAUAACUUGACAGAAGGAGGCACUGUUACCAUUACCAAACAUACAAAGCCUGACAUCAUCAGCAGCCUCAGUGUCACUAGUGUCAGCACAACAUCCAUAUCUCUCAGCUGGACUAAACCACAAGGCAAUAGCACCUCCUAUAGAGUACAGGUACAAGGGACUGGACUGGACAGAAAUCUGACAGCAAACAGCGAAUCCAUUACUGUGACUGAUCUGACAGCUGGGUCUUUGUACACCUUCAGUGUCACUGCACGGGCUGCAGAUAACUUGACAGAAGGAGGCACUGUUACCAUUAUCAAACAUACAAAGCCUGACAUCAUCAGCAGCCUCAGUGUCACUAGUGUCAGCACAACAUCCAUAUCUCUCAGCUGGACUAAACCACAAGGCAAUAGCACCUCCUAUAGAGUGCAGGUACAGGGGACUGGACUGGACAGAAAUCUGACAGCAAACAGCGAAUCCAUUAAUGUGACUGAUCUGACAGCUGGGUCUGUGUACACCUUCAGUGUCACUGCACGGGCUGCAGAUAACUUGACAGAAGGAGGCACUGUUACCAUUACCAAACAUACAAAGCCUGACAUCAUCAGCAGCCUCAGUGUCACUAGUGUCAGCACAACAUCCAUAUCUCUCAGCUGGACUAAACCACAAGGCAAUAGCACCUCCUAUAGAGUACAGGUACAAGGGACUGGACUGGACAGAAAUCUGACAACAAACAGCGAAUCCAUUACUGUGACUGAUCUGACAGCUGGGUCUGUGUACACCUUCAGUGUCACUGCACGGGCUGCAGAUAACUUGACAGAAGGAGACACUGUUACCAUUACCAAACAUACAAAGCCUGACAUCAUCAGCAGCCUCAGUGUCACUAGUGUCAGCACAACAUCCAUAUCUCUCAGCUGGACUAAACCACAAGGCAAUAGCACCUCCUAUAGAGUACAGGUACAAGGGACUGGACUGGACAGAAAUCUGACAGCAAACAGCGAAUCCAUUAGUGUGACUGAUCUGACAGCUGGGUCUUUCUACACCUUCAGUGUCACUGCACGGGCUGCAGAUAACUUGACAGAAGGAGACACUGUUACCAUUAUCAAACAUACAAAGCCUGACAUCAUCAGCAGCCUCAGUGUCACUAGUGUCAGCACAACAUCCAUAUCUCUCAGCUGGACUAAACCACAAGGCAAUAGCACCUCCUAUAGAGUACAGGUACAGGGGACUGGACUGGACAGAAAUCUGACAACAAACAGCGAAUCCAUUAAUGUGACUGAUCUGACAGCUGGGUCUGUGUACACCUUCAGUGUCACAGCACGGGCUGCAGAUAACUUGACAGAAGGAGACACUGUUACCAUUACCAAACAUACAAAGCCUGACAUCAUCAGCAGCCUCAGUGUCACUAGUGUCAGCACAACAUCCAUAUCUCUCAGCUGGACUAAACCACAAGGCAAUAGCACCUCCUAUAGAGUACAGGUACAAGGGACUAGACUGGACAGAAAUCUGACAACAAACAGCGAAUCCAUUACUGUGACUGAUCUGACAGCUGGGUCUUUGUACACCUUCAGUGUCACUGCACGGGCUGCAGAUAACUUGACAGAAGGAGACACUGUUACCAUUACCAAACAUACAAAACCUGAGAAAAUAACCACAAUAAUUCUGGUGUCGAGUGAGCCGAAAAACAGCAGCAUGCUUGUGAACUGGUCUGCUCCAGCAGGAAAUGUUGAAACAUACAAAGUUAAUAUCAAUAGCAGCUUUGGAGAUGGUCAGACCAAAAACGUCACUACCAACACAACUUCAGUACAGUUUGAUGGGCUGAGAGCUGGUAGGAUAUAUAGUGCCACAGUGACAACAAUCAGUGGACCUUUCAGCGAGCAAUCAGGAGUUGUUCAAAAUGCUACCUAUCCCAAUGCGCCUGGGAGUAUUUCCAGUGAUUCAAAGACAACUAGCUCCAUCUCAUUAAGCUGGGGAUCACCUGUCAGCAUGGACCCCAACUCUUUCAACUUCAGUGUCACAUAUAGUUCUAAUGCCUCCGACAGGAAAACAUUGGUGACAACGAGUACCAGUGUUCAGUUAUCUAAUCUACAGUCUGGAACUCUUUAUAAUAUGUCAGUGGUCACUAAUGGGGUGAUGGGAUUCCAGAGUGCAGCAGUUACACAGUCAACAUCCACCAGGCCCAAUACAGUACAGGAUCUGAACGCAAACAGUAUAUCAACCACGUCCAUUGAACUCAAAUGGGGAAAACCUCAGGAUUACAAGACAGGGUAUAAAUACAGAGUCCAGGCACCAAACAGCUCUGGUGGUGUUGGCUUUAAUACAGUAGUUAAUUCUGAGACUGCUACAGUCAGUCCACUUGAAGCAGGCACACAGUAUAACAUCACUGUUACAACACUGACAUCUGAUAACACUGAUGGAACAUCCUCAUCGAUCAUUCUCUAUACAAGACCCACAACAGUGACCAAUUUAAUGGCAGGAGCUCUCAACAGCACAGCUGUAAAUCUGACAUGGGCCAGACCAGCUGAUUUCAAGCCUGGAUAUUCUUAUCGGCUUCAAACCACUGGCCCUGCAGCUCCCCAGAAUGUCAUGGUCACUGUGGAGAAUGCCAUCAUCACUGGACUGAAUCCCGGAACCAACUUCAGCUUCAGUGCAUUCACUCGGGCAGCAGAUAGCACCACAGAAGGGGAUCCAGCAACAACCACCAGUUACACAAAACCUGAGAAAAUAUCCACUAUAAUUCUGGUGUCGAGUGAGCCGAAAAACAGCAGCAUGCUUGUGAACUGGUCUGCUCCAGCAGGAAAUGUUGAAACAUACGAAGUUAAUAUCAAUAGCAGCUUUGGAGAUGGUCAGACCAAAAACGUCACUACCAAACCAACUUCAGUACAGUUUGAUGGGCUGAGAGCUGGUAGGAUAUAUAGUGCCACAGUGACAACAAUCAGUGGACCUUUCAGAGAGCAAUCAGGAGUUGUUCAGAAUGCUACCUAUCCCAAUGCGCCUGGGAGUAUUUCCAGUGAUUCAAAGACAACUAGCUCCAUCUCAUUAAGCUGGGGAUCGCCUGUCAGCAUGGACCCCAACUCUUUCAACUUCAGUGUCACAUAUAGUUCUAAUGCCUCCGACAGGAAAACAUUGGUGACAACGAGUACCAGUGUUCAGUUAUCUAAUCUACAGUCUGGAACUCUUUAUAAUAUGUCAGUGGUCACUAAUGGGGUGAUGGGAUUCCAGAGUGCAGCAGUUACACAGUUAACAUCCACCAGGCCCAAUACAGUACAGGAUCUGAACACAAACAGUAUAUCAACCACGUCCAUUGAACUCAAAUGGGGAAAACCUCAGGAUUACAAGACAGGGUAUAAAUACAGAGUCCAGGCACCAAACAGCUCUGGUGGUGUUGGCUUUAAUACAGUAGUUAAUUCUGAGACUGCUACAGUCAGUCCACUUGAAACAGGCACACAGUAUAACAUCACUGUUACAACACUGACAUCUGAUAACACUGAUGGAACAUCCUCAUCGAUCAUUCUCUAUACAAGACCGAAUGCUGUGAAGAAUCUGAAAGCAAGUGAUGUUUCAACUUCAGAUGUAGUUCUGGGAUGGAGUGAACCGGACGGGCAAAAAAAUUACUACAGAUACCUUUUAAAAACCACCGCCGAAUCAUCUUCCACACAGAUUGCAAACACGGCCUGCAGUAAAACAUCCUGUUCUGUGUCUAACCUGACACCAGGAUCUUCUUAUACUUUCACAGUGUUUACACUGACGCCUGAUGACACAACCAGUGAUCCUCGAUCUCUGACUCUGUGCACUACUGCUGAAUCUGUACAAGUUCUUAACUGUACCGCCGAGGAUAAAAAAACAAUUCUAACGUUUCAGUGGGACUGCCCCAAAGGUUCAAAUAAAGGCUUUGAAAUCUUGAACAAGGAAACAAAUACAAUGGUAUAUGCAUCAUCUUGUAAUGGACAAACCACUGGACAGUACACAGUGUCCAACCUGAAUUAUUCUACCACAUAUGAUAUUGAAAUAAAGACUCUGGGAUGUGGAAAAAACAGUACCGUUCUUCCAAAAAAAUGCCAAACUGGAAAGACAGACCCCCCAGAACCUCCAGCAAACAAGACUGUAUUACUCAACAACAUGAAUACUCAUGAAACCAUUACAUUUGAGUUCAGUUCCACUCUCUUUGAUGAAACGAAUGGACCCAUUACUAACUAUGCUGUAAUAGUCACCACCAGCACAGAUCAAACUAGACCUUUAAAUAGUGUUCUUGGCAAAACAUAUAAUGACAAGGACACUCAAACUAAAAGCUAUGUGGCAAAGAUCAUAAACAAUACUGUGAGCAGAGCGGCUGAAACAAAACAAAAGGUUAUCAUAGGAGAUGAGAGUUCUUAUCAAGAUUACUAUAAUGGAAAACUGGCUCCUAAAGAAGGCUACAGGGUCAGCAUUGCAGGAUUUACUAAAUUAGUAAUGAAGAACCAACGCAUUAGUCAAGAAGAGUCCCUCAUAUCUUUCUCCCCCUAUUCACAGAUCAUCUCUUUAUCUGAAAACCCAGCUGUGAUUGGCGCAGCUGUAGGUGGGACCCUGGGUGUUCUUGUGGUUCUCAUUCUCGUCACAGUCAUUCUGUUUGUUUACUGGAAGAGACGUAGCCCAACCAAAACCCCCGAUAUUCAUAUUCCCAUCCGACCCAAGACAAUUCCUCCUCUGGUCAUUUUGUGCAGCUCCCAUCCGGUAAAGGUCGAGGACUACGAGACCUACUAUAAGAAACAACAUGCCAAUUCAGACUGCGGGUUUGCAGAAGAAUUUGAGGAUCUGAGGCCUAUCGGAAUAAACCAGACCAAGAAUGCUGCUCUUGCUCCUGACAACAAAGCGAAGAACCGCUACAACAACGUGUUGCCCUAUGAUUCCUCUCGCGUCAAGCUUUCUAUCCGGAAUAGUGCGUCCGAUGACUACAUCAAUGCCAAUUACAUGCCUGGGUAUGACUCGAAGAAGCAGUUCAUUGCUGCGCAGGGGCCCUUGCCUGGUACUGUGAAUGAUUUCUGGAGGAUGAUCUGGGAACAGAAUGUGUACACUCUUGUCAUGCUGACGAGGUGCAACGAGCAAGGACGGGUAAAAUGUGAAGAAUACUGGCCUUCCAGUAAUCCCAAGACCUAUGGUGAUGUGACAGUGAUCUUGGCUUCUGAAAUCCCCCUCAAUGAGUGGACUAUCAGGGAAUUCAAAAUGAAAAACACAAAGACAGCAGAGAGCCGUACUAUACAACACUUCCAUUUUACUGCUUGGCCUGACCAUGGGGUGCCAGAGACCACAGAACUGCUGAUUAAUUUCAGACAUUUAGUGAGAGAGCACAUGGACCGGUACUCCCGAAACUCACCCACUGUGGUCCACUGCAGCGCUGGAGUUGGGCGCACAGGAACCUUAAUCGCCAUUGACCGGCUCAUCUACCAGAUUGAGCGGGAGAGCGUGGUGGAUAUCUACGGGAUAGUCCACAACCUUCGAAUGCACAGGCCGCUCAUGGUGCAAACAGAGGACCAGUAUAUAUUUUUAAACCAAUGUGCAAAGGAUUUCAUCAGAUCCAGGACUGGCAACAAUGUGGACCUGAUCUACCAGAACACAGCAGCCAUGGGUAUCUAUGAGAACUUUACACCUACCAAAACCCAGAAUGGACACCACUGUUAGCCAAGGACAAGACUGCACUGCAUUUUUGAACGUUGUUCCUGAGAAAUUUUUAUAAAAGGUGUCGAUGUAUGCACUGGUUUGUUUUACAAGACUUUUUGUAUCAUUCACAAGACAUUUGUAUCAUUCACCAAAUGAUACGAGACUUUUUGUAUCAUUUACAAGACAUUUGUAUCAUUCACCAAAUACUGUUGAAAACAUACCAUUUCCAUAUUUUAUCAUUGGCAAGAAAAAUGCAUCAGAAUGGUGAUGCACAAUAAUAAGCAAAAGAGCAAGUUACAACCGUGCCUAUGAAUUCAACCAGAGUGUAAAUUGCAGCACAUACAGAGGCUGAAUCAACCCAAUGUGUUGAGUAAAUCAACAAGUUUCCAGUUUAGAUUUAUUUGUAGUAUGUUCAUGAAGUCACACCGAAGUAUACAAUGUUAGUUUUGGUAAAAGAAAGUCUUAACUAUCUUAACUAUCUCUGUCUUAAACUUCCCAGUGAUUUAUUAAUCCUGACACUGCUGCUUUACUUGUCAAUCCAACAUCUUUUCAGACAGACCAAUACAGGGCUGAGUGAAGCUCAAACAGCCCUCUGCCGACCAAUUGGGAUACUUCUGCUCAGCUUGAGUUUACUUUGAUAAAGUCUGCUUAUGUGUUUGGAAGCAAAGGGAAAGAAAAAUGAACCAAAUGAUUUAUUACAACUCUGCAAAAAUAUGUUCAGACACGUAUGCUAUAAAUAUUUUAGUGACCAAACCUACUUACUGGCAAACCAGUCAUACCACUGAAGAUGUAACUCAUAUUUCAAAAGACCCCCAGUUAAUAUUCCCUAGGUCUGCUGAAGAGCAUUGACACCUGAUAUAUGAACUGUGAUUUAGGAUGGAUUUUAAUACUGUUUUUUGGUGCAAUAUGAGAUUUCUUGCUGUACAUAAAGUAACGUGACACUUUUUUAGUUUUAGUUAUUUCUGAUUCUCACCUAUAAUUGGAGAUUGACAGCGUGAAUAAAAGUGUCAAGUUACUUGUCUCACUCAGGUCACCUCGCUUUUAUUCUUUUACCUUUUGAAGUUGCCAGGUGUGACAUUUUUUUUGAGAAAUUACUUUUUUUUAAAAUAUAUAGAUUUUAUAUUAUUAUUUAAAUAAAAGUAAACUAUAUUCAAUACUGAAACUAUAUUUCUAUAGUGAUUCAAACUGUAAUACAGUACAUGGAUUAAAUAUGAGAAGACCCAAAGAUUGCCUGCUGUCUUAAAUAAGAAGCAGCCCUUAAAAAUGGAAUCUCUUUUCAAUGUAACUGUAGCUGCUUUAUAGUUAUGCACUGUACAGAUUACUAUCCUUGACAGCAAUAGGAAAGUAUGUGUGUGCAAGACUAGUGCACCUUAUGAUACAACUGUCAAAUCAUGGAAGGGUUUGUUUUCGUUCUGAUGCACUGGUUGCAUCAAAAUGCUUUUUUUUUUCUACUGAAAUCUAUUUGGUCUUUUUAAAAAUGCUCAUUGUUUGAAUAUAAUAGCAAUGAUUGUCAAAAACAUAUGGACUGUAUUAUAAAAUAUAUUGAAGACAACGGUCGACAGAACAAACUGAGAAUAAAAUCCUGUGUUCAGUACCAGUUAGCUGUAUGAACAGUGCAGAUUUGCUCCGUUUAUAAAUGUUAACUGUUUUUGAAACUAAAAACCACUGCAAGUAUCUUAAGUAUAAAAUUAAGAAAGUCACUGUUACAGCACAGUAGCUAGGAGCCUUAGUUAAGAAAGCACUAUAAGAAACGGCACUAAAUUGUGAUCACAAUCAUACAUUUGCCUUAUAAGCACCUUCUAUUACAGAGCACAUUAUUUUGAGUGAACUGAGUAUGUGAACGCCAACAAACACAUAUGUGCAUGCUGUGCUGACAUGGUGGAGAACAUUGUGGCUGCCUCUCUGCGUCACUAGGGCAUUUGCUUUUAAGUUGACGGCAGUCCUUUGGGUAGCUUAAGGACAUAUGUGAUAUUGGCAUUCACAUACCUUUGAACACAGGCCCCUAUUCUAAUAACUUAAAUAUGAAGCACUCUCUGUGUAAAGCGCAUGACUGGGUUAUAGACCUUAUAUAGUAUGCAGCUCUUGCAUAUUAUCAAUAACAGCAUAGUAUACUAAAUAGAAUGCUAUUACCUGCAUAUAUAAUGCUUGUAACAUGUAUAUAAUAUGCAUAUAUUUCUACCAAAAUUAUUGAUAGUGCAAAUCACACAGUAGUUUUUUUUUUUUUUUUUAAUAUGUCCUUGAAGGCUCAGAAAGCUCUUUCUUAAAUCAUAUUUCCUUGCAGUGGUUUCAGAGAAGUGUUACCUAGGUUGUUGUCAAAGGACCUCAGGAGUUUUAAAGACAGUAUUCUAGAAGGAGGCGGGCUCACUCACACACUAGAUGAGCUGUGUAGCCGCAAAGAUAUUUCCGUCAUUGAAGUAUAAUUGUUUGUAUAGGUUCUAAACGAACACCGGUACGUAUAGUUUUACCAAAGUGCACUUGUGCAUUGCUAUACCCUUCUGGUACAGCAUGUCUCACAGUUUUAAGAGCGAAUGAAGUGUACAGUGCAACGUCUUACGAUGUAACCAUUCUAGUUUGUUAGUUUUAAGAGGGAAUGAAGUGUACAGUGCAACGUCUUACAAUGUAACCAUUCUAGUUUGUUUGUGUUGCCACUAUUUUAAAAGUUGUAUUUGCUGGAUGUAUUUAUUGUAUUUUCCUUUUUAUUACGAUAAUUUGAAUAUAUUUUAAUGCUUGAAAGCAUUACUUUUGAAUUGUAUUUUUUUUUUUUUUGAAUAAGAUGUUUUUAAUCUUUUCUUAAACUUUCAAGGGAAUGCUGAUAAAGGGAUACUGUUGACGGGUACUGUAUGGGUGAAAACAAACAAAUGCUGAGAGUUUUAAAUGGAAUUUGCAACGUUGUACACAAUUUUAUUUACCUACUGCCAGUCCUAGUUUUGGAUUAAAGUGUAUUAUUAUUAUUUGUAAUUAUUAAAAGGCUUUAUCAAUGUCAGAA